AUGUGGCGAUUGUUGUUUCUGAUGGCGAGUGUCGCGAGUCUCGCGACGGAUUGGCCGAACAUGGUCGUCGACUACUUUCAGCACAAGCACGUCAAGUAUGUUACGCACUUGUCGUGCAAGGACGCUGCUGGAAUCAGGGCCGUAUUGCGCCUAUUGAUGAAUGCAGGCAUACGAGCAACGGUAGACUUGAUAGACCAGGGGCCUAUAAAUAUGAUGCGACUGUUGUAUCAGUACGACGCGAACGUUGGGGUACUUCUGGACGGAGAUUGUCUCAACACACGGGACAUUUUGAACAACGCCUCAGAGUCAACAAUGUUUGAUGACACGCAUUCCUGGUUGGUUACGAACGACAACUGCAGUAAUACUAGUUUCGUGGAGGAAACUUUCCAAGAUCUGAAGCUUAGCGUGAACGCUGAUGUUGUAGUGGCUUUGUAUUGCGGAGACACCUAUCAGCUUACGGAUGUGUUCAACUUUGGCCGCGUGCAGGGUAACGCGCUGGAGACCAGAGAACUUGGAGCUUGGACUUCCAAGAGAGGUUUGGAGAUUUUAUUCCAAGGCUUCAAGUACUACAAUCGCUGGGAUUUUCAUAAUCUAACGCUGCGCGCCGUGUCGGUGAUACGCAACAGUUCCAAGGUGUUCCAUGAGGGCAUGCUGUACGAGCCCGGGUUCACGGUGGGCGUGGCCGCCAUGACCAAGAUCUCCACGCAGCUGCUCAAUCUGCUUAAAGAAAUGCACAAUUUUCGUUUCAACUAUACUAUUGUGGGGCGCUGGAUCGGCACGCCAGAACGAAACUCCACUAAGGCAAUGUCGAACUUGUUAUUGUGGCGCGAACAGGAUAUCUCGUCGACGUGUACCCGGAUGUUCUCCAAUUGGCUGGACUGGAUGGACCCGUUUUUCCCCUCCGCCACCGAACUCGAGACCAAAUUCUACUACACGAUAUCAGACAAAGGUAUCGGCGACUACGAGAACCAGUUCCUGACCCCCAUGUCUCCGGGGGUGUGGUGGUGCGCGGCGGCGGCGGGGGUGGUGUGCGCGCUGGUGCUAGGGGCCGCGGCCGCCGUGGAGCGCCGCCCGGAGCCCGGCCCCUACGGCGUGUUCAGCGUGCUCGCGGCCGGGUUUCAACAAGAUUACGACGAUGGACAUCAGACGGAGAAAGAUAGUUCCAGCCGAAAGCUAGCCCUGCUGGUGGUCGGGCUCACCAGCAUGCUGCUGUACAACUACUACACCAGCAGCGUUGUGUCCUGGCUGCUGAGCGCGGCCGCCCCCAGCUUGGACUCCCUAGAUGGCCUGAUAAAGAGCGACUUCGAACUGGUCUUUGAGGACAUUGGAUACACUCGGCAGUGGCUUGACAACCCCGGAUUCUUUUACUACAUGGGUUACAAGAAUGAGAAGGAAGAUGAAUUGCGUGCGAAGAAAGUGACCAACGCCAAGCGAACGCUGCCUCUCUUUGAAAACAUUGAGGAUGGGAUAGAACUAAUGCGUACUGGAAAAUGUGCGUAUCACACGGAGCCGUACACGGCGAGUCAGGUGAUCUCGCGAACGUUCGCGGACAAGGAGUUGUGCUCGCUGGCGGGUCUGCAGAUCAUGCCGCCGUCGCAAGUGUACGUCAUGGGGCAGAAGAAUAGCCCGUACAGGCAGUUCUUUGUAUGGAGUAUGAUGCGUCUGUUGGAGCGGGGGCAUACGCGGGCAACCCGAGCCCGCGUGGGGGGGCAGAUUCCCCCUUGCUCGGGGCACACGCCGCGCGCCCUGUCCCUUGGGCAGGCUGCGCCGGCGUUUCUGCUGCUCGCCGAGUUCAUCUUGCUAUCUGCCCUCAUACUGACCGGAGAGAUUUUGUGGCACCGAUAUACAUUUCGUAAGACUUGUAAGCAAGUUUUACCGCCGAAGAAGCAAGAACAUCUCGUUAAAGUAAAAAAUGCUUAUUGGAGAUCGCAAUAAACAUUUUUU